GGGCGGCGGAAGAGGGGGUGGCGCGGCGGCUCGGCCGGGGUCACGCGCCCGAGUGCAGGCAGAAUGGGCUCGGGGCUCUCGGGCCUUGCGGGGAAGCUGGAGUCCCGACUCCCAGCCAGGGGCCCCACCCGGCAUUCCGGGGGCGGGGGGCGCUCUCUACAAAAGGGAAACUGAGGCCCAAGGAAUUUGGGUACUUUUCCUAAAGUCACAAAGCUGGGUCCGACCCACACCCUGGGACCCCCGCCCUCUCUAUCACUCGGAAGAAUCUACCCCCUCCUAAUCUCAUUCAGUCCUCCGAGCUUUCCAGUAAGGUACCCAGGCCAAGGAAGGGCAGGGCUUGCCCAAAUCUUUCAGUGGGACCUGGAGCCAAGCUAGAGUCUCUCAGUGAACACAUAUGGAGAACUUGGGGAUGAGUAAGAGGAGGGCACUCCCACCUGCCCUCUGCCUAGACUACCUGCCCAGGAAGAAAGACAGGCCAAGCUGUGCUUACUAGAUAGAAUAAGAUCCACGAAGCAGGAGAUGGGGCAUUUGAACUGGGCUUCAAGGGGGUGAGUAGGAGUAUGCCUAUUGGAGAGAUGGAGGGAGGGACAUUGCAGGCCGAGGAGCUUUCUCCAUUUUUCCGGCAGGAAACUGACAGCACACAGCCUCAAGACCACCCUUGACACCUUCAGCCACGCUAUGCGUGCCCGAGGCCCCCCCGGCCUACCGUCCCCGGCGCUGCCUCUCGCCUCCUCUGUCCUGAUGCUGCUCCUGAGCAGCCUGUGGCUGGUGGGGGCUGGCCCCAGCCUUGCCCUGGCCCCGGAGCUGCUGCCUUGGCAGGUGCACCGGCUGCUGACCCAUGCCCUGGGCCACACGGCCCUACCUGGCCUGCUCCUGAGCCUGCUGCUCCUGCCCACGCUGGGCUGGUGGCAGGAGUGCCACCUGGGCACACUGCGGUUCCUGCAUGCCUCUGCCCUGCUCGCCCUGGCUGCCGGGCUCAUGGGGGUGCUGCUGGCAGGCCUUGGGGUGUCCAGUGCAGCCGGCGGCUGUGGCUACAUGCCGGUCCACCUGGCCAUGCUGGCUGGGCAGGGUCACCACCCUCGCCAGCCCCAGGGGAUCCUGCCACCAUGGCUCCUGCCCUGGCUGCUGCUCGCCUUGACACCACUGCUUAGCUCUGAGCCACCCUUCCUGCAGCUGUUCUGCGGCCUUCUUGCUGGCCUGGCCUACGCAGCCGGGGCCUUCCAGUGGCUGGAGCUGUCGGACCAGCGGCUGCAGGCACUGCAGGAAGGCGUCUUGUGCAGGGCCCUGGCCGGGUGCUGGCCACUCAGACUCCUUCCUACCCCAGGCGGCCGGGCCGAGCUGCCUGUCACCCAUCCCACCGGAGUGAGGCCUCCCACCCCUGGACCUCCCUACAUGGCCUCCCCUAGCCUCUGGUUCCGCGGUGAAGGCUCAGCCCAGCGCCCGCCAGGCCUGGAGCCUGUGCAGCCGACCUGGGAAGUCUCCUCAGAGGUGGGCCCGGCCUGGGCUGGGCCCAGCUUUCCCCCAGGGACCCCGCUGUGGGCAGCCCUGGAUGAGCAGAUGCUGCAGGAGGGGAUCCAGGCCUCACUCCUUGACGGGCCAGCCCCGUGUUCUGAGAGCCCGCUAUGGCUGCCUAAGUCGUCCGUCUCCUCUCUGCGGCUGCAGCAGUUGGAGCGCAUGGGCUUCCCCACAGAACAGGCAGUGGUGGCACUGGCAGCCACAGGCCGAGUGGAGGGUGCCGUGUCGCUGCUGGUUGGCGGGGAGGUGGGCACUGAGGCCCUGGUGAUGCAGGGGAGGGGUGGGCCCGCUCACCCUGAGGGUCCUGGUCCCCCCUAGCCCUGUCCGCCGAGUCGCGGUGUGGUGCGGAGACACCCCUCCGGCACCCCACCCUGGUACUGUUUAGAAUAAAGACCAGUUCAUUUUUCAGCGUGAA